AAUUAUAGACUGUAUCAAUCUUCAAUCAAACAGAAUUACAUCCUUGUAGGCAAAGAAAUGAUCCUAAAACGAAAAGUUCACUUGUCGUCUCGUUUGUUUCGGUUUACAAAUAUUUCUUCAUCAUUUCUCUACUGCACUCGAUGGUCCACUCGAGGAAUCGAUCUGCAAAUCAUCUUUGCUCCAAUUAAGCCCAGGUCUUCGGGUCACUUGACGCAAUUACAGGGCUGGACAAUCACCGCAAGAGGAAUCGCCAGCCACUCGGACCCGGCAAUAAAGGAGCUUAAUUUAAAAUUUAAACCCUUUUUGCUGGAGGCGGCGACCGCAACGUUUCCUGUCCCAUUCCUCAGUCCCGACCCAGGAUGCACUGAUGAAAAAAAUAUUUUUUUUUGCCCUUCCGGCUGCGAGGCUCGGACGGAGAGCGAUCAAGGAGCAGGAGCGACAGCGGGAGCAGUGGCCAGGACGACAGCAGGGCAAAUAAUUUUUACAAAUUAUACGCUCACAUGCCAACUGCAAAAGGAAAGACAAACAGAAAUCGAGGAGGCAAAAAAUUAUAUAAAAGAAGCGAGAGGCAGCAAUCGGGCGAUAUCCUUGGAGAAAAGGCAAUAACAAGUCGGUUCGAUGAUUGGGUCCGCUGCCGGACUCCGACUCGAUUGACUGCACCAAUAAUAACUUCAAACAAUGGGCGGCCAAGUAGUUUUCCCCCUUUCCGAGCUCUUUUUUUUGCCAGUUCCGCAGUCGGCCAUGUUUGUUUAAUUUUUUCCACCGCUGCGUCUUGAUUCGCUUUUUUAUACGCUACUCAAGAGGGUACAUUGCUU